AUGGUGGCGGAGUACGUGACCGGGCGGCAGUUCCGGGAGGGCCUGCGCCGGCCCAUGCCGGGGGCGGCGGCCCGGGGGCUGGGGCAGCGGCCGCGGGUGGUGCCCGCCUUCACGCCGCAGUCCCGCCAGCGCGGCACCGUGGUGGCUCCGCCCAAGGCCAGCGCCCCCCAGCGGCGCGCCCCCGACAGGCCCACGGCCUUCCGCAGGUUCUACGCGCGCGGGGACUACCCGCUCGCCCUGGAGUUCGACACGUCCGGCUUCAAGAUCGCCUGGAAGGUGGAGCUGGAGAAGCUGGACUACGAGCACUACCUGCCGCUGUUCUUCGACGGCCUGCGGGAGACGGAGCACCCCUUCAAGUUCCUGGCGCAGCGCGGCAUCGAGGACAUGCUGGCGCACGGCGGCGCGCGCAUCCUGCCCGUCAUCCCGCAGCUCAUCAUCCCCGUCAAGAACGCGCUCAACACGCGCAGCCCCGAGGUGAUCUGCACCACGCUGAAGGUGCUGCAGAGCCUGGUGCUGAGCCACGAGGUGGUGGGCGAGCUGCUGGUGCCCUACUACCGCCAGAUCCUGCCCGUGCUCAACGUCUUCAAGGACAGGAACGUGAACCUGGGCGACGGCAUCGACUACAGCCAGCUGAAGCGGGAGAACGUGGGCGACCUCGUGCAGGAGACCUUGGAGCUGCUGGAGCAGCACGGCGGGCCCGAGGCCUUCAUCAACAUCAAGUACAUGGUGCCCACGUACGAGUCCUGCGUCCGCAACUAGUCGCGAUCCACUUCUCUGCACGCAUUUCCAAAGUAUACGCGUACUGUUACCUCUCACCGUGUCGCAACUAUUAUUAAACACACCAACUGUUCACCUUGUUACGUGUCUUUAGAGAAUGUAAUGUUUGUUGACAAAUUUUUGGUUACUGUUGAUAUUUUGAACUGUGUGUUAUGUUUGAUGAUACAUUUUAUAAGUUAUUAAAAAGAUUUAUUAUUUUGUCAAUGAAGGGUGUGUUUAGUGCAACUUAAUUACUAAAAUAAGUUUAGUCGAGAAAAUGGUGGGUCAAAGGUUAUUUUUGCUAUACUUACCACAAAAAAAUAUAAAUUCACCCCUUCUUGACAAUGGAAAAUGAAGUAUUCAGGUGAAAUUAAUAUGUAUUGUUAUGCUUGUUAUAGAUUUGGUGCAAAAAUAGGGUGCAUUAAUAUUUGCACAUAAACAUAUGUAUUUGAAAUUACAUGUUACUUAAAUAAAUGGAACACAAGUUA